AGUCACUCUUUAAAAAAAAAAAAAAUGACGUCAUUUGGCUAGUCGGUGCAGAACGGAUGAAGGAAAAUAAAUGUCGAUAUGGGUUACGUUCACUUUUCUCCUUAUGUAUAGAACCAGUAAACAGAAAAUGGAAGUCGGUGUUAUUCUUUGCCAAUAGCACUCUGUGGACUUUUAAUACUGAAGGUCAAAAAUUUCCCUUUGCUACCCCCCCUUCCGUCAGAGCUGAUCAGACACACGAUUCAUAUCGAGCAGUAAAAUGGCCGACCGUCAACCAACCGACUUUUCAGCGCUUUAAAAAACGAAUUUGCUUUUUUUCCCCCCCGUUUACAGUGUCGUAUUACUUAGUUACAGAAUAGCACUGCAGAGAAAACAUUUCCAUAAUUAGCUGUUAAGUACCCUUGAUGGAGUAUUGUAUUUCAAGUUGCCUCGAAUGCCUCAAAAUUUAGAAUUUCGCACUGAAGCACUUUAGCAGUAGCUUCCUAGCUACAUUUCAUGUAAUUCCUGGGAAAAGGGGCAUCAGGAAAGGGAACAGCAGUUCAUGGAAGACAAGAAAAGGAAAAAGGAAGAUAAAAGGAAAAAGGAAUCCUCACAAAAGGUGGUCGAGCAAAAAAACAAAGUGCCAGAACUGACCAAGCCUCCAUCUGCCCAGUCUCCUGCCAUCCCCAGCUCGGUCUCCCCCAGCCCUGGCCCUGUCCCUCCUACAACCUCCUCCAUCGCCACCCCGGCUGCUGGCGCCCCCCCUCAGGGUGGGAACAAUGCUAAGCGGUCGGCGGUGGCCAACGGACAGCCCUCCCCCAGCACCCAGGCCCCCCAGCGCUACAUGCCCCGUGAAGUGCCCCCUCGAUUCCGUUGCCAGCAGGACCACAAAGUGCUACUGAAGAGGGGCCAGCCACCACUGUCAUCCAUGCUGCUGGGGGGAGGCAACAGUGGGGGAGAAAGCCCCAAUGCAACGGUGGCUGCGCCUGCAGAUUCCAACCUAGGCUCUGCAGGUCCAGUUGCUGUCUCUCUGCCCCACAUGUCGUCAUCCUCAUCAAUCGCUGCUUCUUCUACUACUACUUCUUCAAAUUAUGCAAAUUCCAUGUGGGGGGCAAGCUCUGGCAGCCAGCCCCUCUCUCAGGGCAGGGAGAAGGUGAUAGUGGAUGGGUCAGACCUAGAGGAAUGGCCCAGCAUUGCUGCCGGGGAUGGGGCCAGAAUGGGAGAUAUAACAGUAACUGGAGCAGCAGAUGGCAGUGGAGUGCUGAACUGCAGUGCCUCAUGGGGUGAGAGGCACCUCCAGCAGCAGAAGGUUAUGGGAGGAGGGAAUGAAGGUGGGAAAGGUGUCGGUUCUGGUAGCCCCUCUCCUCCUUCGUCCUCCUGUGCAAACAAUGAAUGUAUGCAGCCUAGUAGUGCUGUUUGGGGGUCCCAGGGAGUGAUAGGAGGAAAUGCAGUAGUAGCAGGGUCGAAACCCUCCAUAUCCAAAGCCUCCCCUCUCCCAGGGACUGAUUGCUCUGUAGGUGUCAACUGCAGCGUUCCAGGUGCCAACUUUAACCCUAAUGCCAACCCCUCUGCCUGGCCAGCGCUGGUGCACGAUGGAGCUGGGGCAGCUGCAACAGAGGGUGGACCCUCACCUCUCCAAAGCUCGACAUCAUCGUCUGCCAACAACCCUGUUUCUGUGAAUCAAGCCUCUCAUCAGCACCAACUUCACCAAAUGCAAUACAGAGACAUAGAGCCAUCCAGUAGAGAGUGGGGUGCUACAGCACCAGAGCCAGGAGCAGGACCAAAAAACACAGGAGUUGUAGAAGGGGGUGAUGUAGACUGUGGAACUACAGGGGCUGGAGAUCUCUCUGCAUCCUCUUCCUCCUCCCCCUCUUCAUCUACUUGGAGAGCUCAGCCCUUUCCUGCAAAUUCCAAAACGGGUGCCUCUAGGACUGACACUUGGGAGGGUGGGGCUGGAGGAAGCUCUGCCUCUGCUGAGGGGGUAAACUCAUGGGGGUUGAGUGGGCAGGACGAUAGAGGAGGGACUGUGAGUGGGGGCACAUGGGGCACGGGAAGUGGUCAGAUGUCUGGGGUAUCUCAGGGAGCAUGGGGUGGGGGAGUUGGGGACUGGGGUAAUUCAAGUGGUGUCAGCAAGCCAGGUGGUGGAAAUGGGGAUGGCUCAAGCAGUAGUAGUAGCAGUGGCAGUGUUGGCAACCCCUCGGCUACUUCCUCCACACCUUCGACUAUGACAAGAGCUUGGGACAAUCAGAAAGGAGCAGGGGAGGUAGGGGCAGGAGACUCCAAUGAGUGGGGAAGCCAGGGAGCCAGAGGUGGUGAGGGUACCUCAUCCUCCAGCGGUGGAGGAAACUCGAGAAGUGGCAAUCAGCUCCUUGGUCACCACCGAACUCAUCAGCCUCCCAAAGCUGAAGUGUCCUUACAGAAUCUGCUCAGCCGGACUGACCUGGACCCCAGAGUGCUGUCCAACUCUGGGUGGGGACAGACCAAGAUUAGACAGAAUGUGGCAUGGGACUUGGAGGUAGAUGGAGGGGGGACAGGUGGAACUAGAUCUUCUGUUGUGAUGAACACACAGAGCCACGUUCCACCAUUUUCUGGCUCAACUGGCACAUCAGCAACUGCCCCAUCGGCUUCAACUCUGCUUCAUGGUGCAUCUCAGAACACCAACUUGAACACAAAUUCCAUCCUUGUACCCCCGUCUGUCUCACCUGGUGAAGGCUGGGACAGCAGCAGCAGCAGCAGUGGCUGUUCGUCUUUGUCUAAUCGAGGCCCACAAUCCUCUAGCAGCAGUAUCCAAAACCCUGUUGUUCCACAGACUGGAGUGGGUCAUGCAGCAGGGAGCCAGACCAAGUCUUCAGGAGGCUGGGGAGAGUCAAGUUCAUCUGAGAGCCAAGGGAAAGGUUGGGGCAGCGAGGGACAAGAGUGGAGAGAUCAUGUAGCAGAGAGUGGAUCAAGUGGAUGGGGAGAUUUUCGACAACAGGGUACUCCUGCAGUAGGUAGUGGAGACUGGGGAAAUAGCCAGGAGGAGAAAGGGUCUGGAGGUUGGAAGGAAAUGGGGAGAGGGAAUGGGGGAAAUUGGGGACAGAGAGGUGGUAGCGAAUGGGGAGAGCGGGAAUCCAAAGCAAGCACUGGGGGGUGGGGUGAUGGGAAGGAUAGUGGAGGUACAAGUGGAGAAUCAGGAGUUGGUACAUGGGGCAGCUGGAAUGAAGGAGCUCCAAGAAAGGCUUGGGGAGCAGGAGGUACCGAGUCUGGGGGAGGGGGGGACCAGGGUAGCAAAUCUCACCCAGGCUGGGGUGGGAACAUGCACCCUUCACAGAUGCCAAACAGCCAGGCGGCCUCUCUAAAAGGUCAGGCACAACAGCAGCAACAAUCACAACCCCAGCAGUCCCAGUCGCUGGAUACAGGGACCAUGCAAGGAGGCUGGGGAAGACAAGGAGGUCCUUCAGCCCAGAGCCAAAGUUCAGGAUGGACCUCAGGGCCCAUACCCCAAAUAACGAGUGGCUCUGGAGGCAACUCGGAGCCCAGUGGCUGGGAAGAGCCUUCUCCACAGUCAAUAAGUAGGAAAAAGGAAAUAGAUGAUGGAACUUCUGCCUGGGGUGAUCCCAAUAACUACAGUUAUGUGAAUUACUGGGACAAGAACAAUGGCCCAUGUAGCCAGGCACAGCCAGUGCAGUCUCAGCAGCAGGGUCCUCCACCUCCACCAGGAAGAAUGGCCACAGGCCCUGGUAACAGGGAGAUAAACACACAUUCAUCCAACAAGAGUGCUGCAGUGGCUCCAUCUGGAUGGGGAGGGAGUGGUUCUCCCUCGAGUCCUUGUGUGGAUAAUGGCACGGCAGCUUGGGGCAAGCCUGCUGACACGCCCUCUGGAUGGGGUGACCCAGAUGAACCUGGGAAUGCAUCAGGUUGGGGUAAUCCCUCCCCCAACCCAGUCAAAGCUGGUCCAAAGUCUAUGCAAGAAGGCUGGGGUGAGAGAGAGGGCUCUGUCAUUGCCUCACGUCACUCCAGCUGGGAGGAGGAGGAGGAGGGGGGUGCUGUGUGGAACAGUGCUGGAUCACAGGGCAGCAACUCUUCCUACAACUCCGGAGGCUGGCCAGGCAAGAAGGCUAACAAGGGUCCAAUAAAAAGUGGUGACUCUUGGAUGAACCCUAUGACUCGACAGUUUUCAAAUAUGGGGCUUUUGGGAGAUGACCCCAGUGGCCGUUCACUGGACCUGGCCCCAGGACCUCCUCAAGAGAAGAAGAUGGAUGGAGACAAGCGAGGUAUGGGUUUGAGUGAUUACAAUGGAGAGAUGCGCAAAGGAGCACGUGGAGGGGGAGGAGGAGUAGUCUUCCGUUCACCUGGUUCCAAAGAGGUGGGGCCUGGCGAGCCCGGGCCUUACUACGACAAGCAGACCUUGCCUUUCAUCAAUCAGGAUGGGUGCCUUGGGGAGGAGGGGCCUUGUUCUUCAUAUUCUCCGCCCACUGUCUUCAAGCCCUCUCCCCUCUACAACCACCCCAAUCCCCCUAGACAAAUGGGUGGCCACAUAUUUGGGUCUGGUGGCGGGAUGGCUCAACCCAGGCACCAGCCAGGUGUACCACCCAUUAACCCUACUGUACGUGCGCAAGUGCCUCAUCAGUUCCUGUCGCCUCAGGUGCCAGGCUCUGUGCUGAAACAGAUGCCUCCUCCGAGCGGGGGCGUCGGAGGGGUGGGUGGAGGGGUUUUCCCUCCUCAGCUCUCCCCACAGCACAUCGCCAUGCUCAGCAGCAUCUACCCGCCUCAUAUCCAGUUCCAGCUGGCCUGUCAACUGCUCCUACAGCAGCAGCCCCAGCCCCAGCAGCAGCAGCAGCUCCUGCAGAACCAGCGCAAGUUCCCCCAGAACGUGCGUCAGGCAGACCCCCAGCAGCUUGCCAGAAUCAUGGCUGUUCUCCAGCACCAGAGACAGCAGCAGCAGGUGGGCAGUGCAGGUGGGAGCUCCAAACUCUCACCCUCUCAUGUAGCUGGUGCUGGCCCAAAAAUGCCCAUGUCAGAUUCGCUUUCUCAUGCUGCCCUGGGAGGCUCUGUGGCAGACCUUCAUCAAAAAUCCUCAGCUGCAUAUUCAGGGUUUGGUUCUGGUGUAAAUCUGUCCAGUCUGGAGUUAGGAUCUGUGGUUGGUGGUCUAAAAGAAGCUGGCGGACAGCAGUCGCGCUUUAAGUGGAUGAUGGAGGGUCACUCGCCUGCUCCCUCUUCUCCAGACAAUGCACUUCACAAAAACGGCCCCAUUGCUGCUCCUAUGAAGAGAGGUGGCUCCCCUUAUUCUCAGUAUGAGCUGCUGGGGGUGGAAGGUUUGGGAGGGCCUCUCCAAGGCUCUUCUGACGGCUGGCAACGAAGCCCUGGAAACAAGAUUGGGGCCAAGACGGGCACAUCCAGUUGGCCUCCUGAAUUCCAGCCAGGGGUGCCCUGGAAAGGAAUUCAGAAUGUUGACCCUGAAUCUGACCCCUACAUGACCCCUGGCAGUAUGAUGAGUUCAUCUGCAGUUUCAAGCCUCAAUGAUCCUGAGCACCAGUUGCUAAGAGAUAACACAGAAUCCAACCCCUCCCUAAACACCUUGCUGCCUUCACAUGGUGCCUGGCCCUACAGUGCCUCAGAAAGUCCCCUCAACAAUGCACACAACCCAGCUAAGUAUGCAGAGUACAAGCCAAGCUGGCCCCCCGAGCCCAUUGGACACAACAAGCCUUGGAAGACUAAUCGCAGCACAUCCCAGUUGCCACGCCCGCCUCCUGGACUGACUCAUCAGAAGCAGCCCUCCAUGUCCCCAUGGGCGGGAGGAGCUCCGCGAUUGGGCAGGGGUUGGAGUGGCUCUGGAGGCAGCCAAGAAAGCAGAUAUGGGCCUGGAUCAACAUGGAGUGAUGGUGGAGCCUCAAGGGGAAGCUGUUGGCUGGUGCUGAGUAAUCUUACUCCCCAGAUUGAUGGUUCUACCCUGCGCACUAUAUGUAUGCAGCAUGGUCCUCUGUUGACCUUUCACCUUGGUCUAACCCAAGGCAGUGCUCUGAUUCGCUACAGUACUCGCCAAGAAGCAGCCAAAGCUCAGAGUGCUCUGCACAUGUGUGUUCUGGGCAACACCACAAUCCUGGCUGAGUUUGUGAGCGAAGAGGAGGUUGCUCACUAUUUUGCACAUUCCCAGGCUGGAGGGGCUGGGAGCAGCGGUGGAGGCGGGCCAGGUGUGGCCAUCGGAGGGCCAGUGGGAACAGCAGGAUCGACUGGUGCGGGCGCAGUAGGUGCCGGUAGCAGUGGAAGCGUCCCUGUUGGAGAGCGAGAACGGGCUGGAGGGGGAAGCUCCUCCACAGGAGGCGGUAACAGUGGAGGAGGAGGUGGGCCCACAGGCUCCAGCUGGCAGGGCUUGGAUGGUACGGGCAGCUCCCCAGACCCGGUCUCUGCCCAGGGCCCGGGCCUGAGUAUCUUUGCUCAGUGGAGUAAUGGUGCUGGGGGAGGUGGAGUGGGCAGUGGGGCAGCAGGGGUGGAGCCCAGCAGACAGGGGCUGUGGGGGGGUAUGCCAGCAGGGUACCCCAGCAGCAGUCUGUGGGGAUCUCCGGCUUUGGAGGACCGACACCAAAUGAGCAGCCCUGCAGCGCUGCUGCCUGGAGACCUGCUGGGUGGAGGGUCGGACUCCAUCUGACUGACACAUUCACUUACAUGCAGACAGGCAAACACAAACACAUUUACAGCACAUGCAUCAUGAAGACAUGAGUACAAAUAAAGCACUCACUCGUAUAUCCACAUAAGUUAUUGCAGGCCUGUAGGUAUGUAAUUCUAGAUCGAUAGAAUUACAAACAAUUUACACAAACACUUUCACUCCGUGGAUAGAAACAGGAUGCAUUAAUAUAAAGUAAUUAGUACAUGCAUUUUCCAACAGAACUAUGUAAACACUUCAACACAAGCACUCAGAUACAUGGUACAGAUACACACUCAAUAGUCAAAUUCUGACACAAAUUCCAUUAUUACCAGUACCAUACCAAAAUGCAUUAUGAUCUAACAAUUCGGACAACACUGGUUGCGGAUGUACACGCACUGUUGAACACAUCAGUUUCACGUGAGCCGUGUUCCUGACCCUGCUCUCCAUGAUCUGAUCUCCAUUCUAAAGUCCAUACUCAGGAGUGUGGGGCCUCAGAGUAAGGAGCAUGGCAGCUCUCCUAAGUAUUGCAGUGCUGAACUGCUGACUGACAAACGGACGCAUAUGCCUCCACAUCUCUCAUUUGCCUUUUACCCUUAAAUGAAGACUUUUACAGCAAGACUUGAACAGAACAAAGAAAAAAAUAACAGUUGGACUUAAAACACAAAACGCAACUGGAUGAAUCCUAAAUCUUGAGUUUAUAAGAUUUCACUUGCAUACUGAGGCAGCAUUACUCAGGCAUGCACUAUAAGAAAAAAAACAAGGACUGAUAUAUAUAUGCCUCAUACAAUGUUCUGUGAUGUUGAACACUCAACAUGGAGGAUGGUUCAUAUUGUUACAGCUCCCAUUUCCUGGCAAAGUCAAACACACUUACCCGGCCACGCUGUUCUGAUGUCUGACUGUUUUGUGUCUUUGUUUUGAAUGUGGAACAGUGUAAUCCAGAGGUGUCUCUCUUCCUUAAUAUGCUGACCUCGUUUUUUUUUUGUUUGUUUUUUUUGUUUGUUUGUUUUUUUGUUUUUUUUCUGGGUUUUGUUUGUUUCCUACUCAAUCAAGUUUGUUGUCAUAAUGACUAUGAUCACUUGGAUGUUAAUUAGCUGUACAAGGUGCCCUUUUGGCCUGUGCGUGCAUGUGAGAAGCCCAUAAUCGAGGAGGUGGUGACAUGGAGUAUUAGUGUGGCAUCAGUGAGUGUGUGUGUGUGUGUGUGUGUGUGUGUGUGUGUGUGUGUGUGUGUGUGUGUGUGUUUGCCAUUAUGCUGGUUAGGGAGGCGAAUAAAUGUAUGACAGCUUAUUUCAGGUCUUUUGAUGUCUGUGUGCUGGAUAGGUGUAUGCAGGUAUGUCUGUGUGAGUGUGUAGAAAGCAAGUUCAAGAACAUUGGCACUAAUAUUUCUUAAGUUGUGGUUUUAGCAGCCUUUUUUGUUUUAUAUAUUGUCUGAAUUGCAAUAAUAUUAAAGAGAAAAGCUUGUUUUUUUUCUUUUAAAGAAGAAACAACCAACUGAAGGCAUUCAUACUGAAACAUGCCAAACCUGUUGUACCAAGCUGAGCUGGAUGGAUGUUUUAGGAACACUUAAAAGUUACCAGUUGUUUAUUUUCGUUGUGUACCAUUUUAAAUUAAGGCAGGCUUUAUCACUCCUGUUCGGGUUGUUUGUUUUUCUGAUUUUACAAGAAAAAGAAGUUAAUUUAACAAAAGAACAAGACAAUAAAGGUUGAAUUGAAGUCUC